AUGGAGCCUGGCGAAAGACAUCACAACUAUGAAAUACAAUACGAGAAGCAACCUAGAGCAAGUACAGGUGAACAAACUGCUAGAAAGUCGUUGAAGAGUGUGGAUUUUGCCAGUGAUGAAGAGUCCCAAGGAUCGUUCCAUUCAGAUAAUGUCAGUACGGUUCCAUUAAAGCUGAUUGUGUCACACAGUUCCACCACCAAUCCCCUGUCGAUUUUAAGUGGCGAGCCACAGAAUGACAACUCAUCAUACGUUGCAUCUACAGCAGAUACUUCAUUAGCUCCAAGUAUGCACGGCUCGCUACUGCCAGGUGUCCAUGGACUGAGUCGAGAGGCGACAGCGACGAGAGAGCGAGACAGAGAACGUGAUAGAGACAGAGAGAGGGAAAGAGAUCGGGACAGCGAGUCCAUAGUGACGUUGGCCAGUCUGUCACGAAGAAUGAGGAGAAGAAGCAUCGACACCAAUGGUAGCAUGGCGGGGAUUGCACCUGCCAGCAUUAUGGAGCGGUUGACGGUGAAUCCUAUGUCGCCCGGCUCUGAUGAAGUGGAGCAGAAUUAG